UUUUAACACAGUAACAAGACGGCGUAGAGACUCCGUACCUUUAACGAGUAAUUUCCUUAAUAUUUUAAUAACAAUUUAUUAUUCGGCGAGCGGACGAAGUUUGAAAAAGUGUCAACUUUGUGAGGAGCCAAUCAGAAGCAAGGGUGCAAAGGUCGUGUGUGUGAAGUGCUGGCUAAACACACCUAGCAGUUGCACUAGCCGACGAGACACAACUAGCCGAUAAUCUGUCAGAUAGAAACGGGACUAUGGAGAGGUCAAAGGUUACCGAAGCUCGAAGUUAACUGUGGGAGAAAAAAAUAUAUAUAUAAUAAUAAUAAAUAAGAGGUUCAAAGUGGUGUAUAGAAAUGAAGCCGAUGAGAGGAAGCCAUGGGAAGAUAGAUUGGAUUAACGUAUGCGGAGGAUAAAGCAACGAUGCCAACAUGAAGUUAACGCGUUUUAUAUCAGAAAGGUGGUACUGGAGAUCUCUUUCUGGUACUGGUGCUUUGGCAUUAUUAAUAAUAUUCUCCACCGCUGUUGAUGCCUGUGGUCCUGGCAGGGGAGGUGGUCGGCGCCAAAGACCACGAAAGUUAACACCGCUGGUCUUCAAGCAACAUGUACCUAACGUUGCCGAAACUACUUUAGCAGCAAGUGGACAGGGGGAUGGUAAAAUUACAAGAGAUGAUCCAAGGUUUAAAGAGUUAGUGCCUAAUUAUAACAGCGAUAUUAUAUUUAAAGACGAAGAGGGUACCGGUGCCGACAGGCUCAUGACUUUGAGAUGCCGGGAAAAAUUGAACACGUUGGCCAUAUCUGUGAUGAAUCAAUGGCCCGGGGUUCGACUUCGCGUAACAGAAGGAUGGGACGAAGAUGGACCUCAUGCUAUCAAUUCUUUACAUUAUGAAGGAAGAGCUGUUGAUAUAACAACUAGUGAUAGAGACAGAUCCAAAUAUGGAAUGUUGGCUCGUCUGGCUGUGGAUGCUGGAUUCGAUUGGGUAUAUUAUGAAUCCAGGGCACACAUACACUGUUCUGUAAAAUCAGAAUCGGCCGAUGCUGCAAAAUCGGGAGGUUGCUUCCACGGUGAUAGUGAAGUAUAUACAAGCGAAGGAAUACGAAAAAUGUCUGAAUUAAAGAUCGGUAAUAAAGUUCUAGCCGUUACACGAGAUGGAAAAUUAAUAUUCAGUGAGGUCAUCUUAUUUCUAGAUUGGGAUCCGAAUAAGAAAAGACAGUUUUAUGUAUUGAAGACAGAAAGGGGACGUGAAAUAACGUUAACACCGAGUCAUCUGAUAUUUUCGAGUCCUAAAAAUGGAACCUAUGUAAAUGCAAUGUUCACCAGAGACAUUCGGCUUGGUGAUUAUAUUUACACGAGGGACGAACAUGCAAAUAUAUUGCCCGAUCGUGUAAUAAGUAUAGUAACUAUAACAGACACGGGAGUUUACGCUCCAUUGACUCUUCAAGGAAACAUAGUCGUAGAUGGUGUAGUUGCUUCUUGUUACGCGGUUAUAAAUGAUCAAAAUAUUGCACAUUGGGCAUUUUUUCCAGUUCGCGUUUACGAUAACUUAAAAAAUCUUUAUAAGAAAAUUUACAAUUUCUUCCAGUUAAAAGAAAGGACUACAAUAAUUAUCAACAGAAAUCCAAUUACCGGUAUACAUUGGUAUGCCAAAUCACUUUAUUUCAUAGCCCGCUACGUGCUACCGCAUGAUUAUCUGUACCAUUGACUUUAUCUUACUUUUUAUCACUUAAGUUAUUAGUUUUUCAGUAAAGGUGUACAGAUAGAAAUAAGAUUAAAGAAAAAGAAAGAAAAAUUCAGAAGUAUUUUCAAGAUUUCAGCAAUUAUUAUGUAAUGAAUUGUAUAUAUUGUUUGAUUCCAUGAAAAUAUUGGUUUGGAUUUUUUUUUAAAAAUAUUGUGCACUAUAAAGACUGCCCUACAAUCAAAUUACAUUCCAACUGAUGCAUGGUUCAGUGCGAAAGGGAGAGAGAGAAUGAGAUUUGAGAGCGAUUGAAUAGCUUAAUAUGACUAAUUGUAAUAGUUUAAUAAGUAACAUGUUGAUUAAUGUAAAUUUAUGAAUUCGUGAACUAUAAUUUAUGCCAAAAUAAAUCGAGUAGUUAUGAAAUUAAA